GAAGGAGCCAUAACCCCAUCGCCAUUCCCUCUCAUACGGACAGAGAACCGUGAAAAGGCCUCCACAUCCAAUUGACGGCCCAUCAGUAUCUUCCAGCGAAGCGACUUGUAUCCAACCCCCACGAGAACCGCAUCUGCCGUCAAACUCUACCAGUCCUCCCUCCAACAAACGCAACAGCCCACACCAAUCCGCCGUUGAAACCGCACACGCACUCCCUCUCACACCGACAUCCAAAAUGACCUGGUUCCGCAUAACGCUCACGCGCUCCGGCAUCGGCAUGCCGGCCAAAGUGCAAGGCGUGCUCAAAGCCCUGGGCCUGCGCAAACGCAUGACGACCGUGUACCAGCCCGUGACGCCCUCGGUGGCGGGGCAAAUCAUGCGGAUUAAGGAACUGGUGGAUGUGAAGGAGGUGGAUCAGCCGUUGACAAAGGAGCAGAUAAGAGCGGCGAGGAAGCCGGAUCCCGGGUACUAUGUUGAGCGGAGGAAUGCGGGGAAUAGGGCGAGGAUGUAUGAAUGAGGGGGUGGAAGGUGAAGAGAUGGGGUGGGUGUUGGUUUGAGAGAAAGGAUAUGCAUAUUAGGCGUUUUGGGGUUCAUUCAUCGAGCGUGGUGUACAAGAUCCUUGAGGACGGAUGGUUGAUGGAAACGGCGCGGUCGAAGAUGUGGACUGCGCACUAUCAGAGAGGAUACCAUGUAUGAAGGCGCAAUGGCAGCCUUGAAGCCAACAUCAUGCUGAUUCAUUAUAUCCCUGUACAGUAAGAAUGUAUACCAUACAAGUUCCCUC